AUGGGAGCGGGACGCGGGGCUCGGGCGUGGCCCCGCCCCGGCCGCCCGGCCGCCCCGCCCCGGCCCGCCCUCCCCAGCGCCGCCACCGCCCCGGCAGUGCGGGGCCCGCCCGGCUCAGCCGCGAGACCCGAGGGGCGGAGCCGAUUGCGCACGCCCUCCCCUCCCGGUGCGCGCGCCGCGCCUGCCACUCACGCUUCAGGCUCCGCCCACACGCCCUUCCACACCUGGGCCCGCCCCCACGGGGCACGUUAUUGGUCCGACCGAGGGGCGGGACCAGCAGGUCGUGACCCACAGCGCGGGCUCAACCGCAGCGCACCGCGGCGACGCCCCUCGGGGGCAGGUCUGGGCGGCGCGCCCGCCGCUUUCAAGUCCCUGGUCCCGGGCUUGCAAGUGCGGGCCUGUGCCCUGCGCGGCGGCGGGAGCUUCUGCCCUCCUGGUCUGCUUCCCCACAACACGCUCCGCAGCUGUUUCCAGGACCGGGCCGGAAGCCCAAGCAUUGCUAUGUUCUUUGAGAGCCUGAAUAUCAUUGUGACCUUGUUUCCUUACUUGGUACAAGAUGCUCUGCAUCCCAUCUAUGUGAGACGAGACCCCAGCAUCCCCACCUAUGGGCUCCGUCAGUCUAUCUUGCUGAACACCAGGCUUCAGGACUGCUAUGUGGACUCACCGACCCUCACCAACAUCUGGACGGCCAGAAUGUGUGCAAAGCAGAACAUCAAUACCCCAGCACCCAGGACCUCUUCUUGGGAAGUUGUAAAGAAUCCCUUAGUCGCCAGUUCGUUCUCCCUGAUUAAGCUGGUGCUCAGGCGACAACUGAAGGAUAAAUGUUGCCCAGGACCAAGCAGGUUUGGAGAAGCAAAGCCCUCAAAGAGAUUAAAGUCCAAGGACAAUGUGGCAAUAAGAGCCACGCCGCGGGGCAGGAUAAGAAACUCCAUCGGUUCCAAGGGCAGACAGCCAAUGGGGCAGUGCCCCGGCUCACCGAGGCUCAGGAAGCCAGCAGGAGGCAUCAAGAGUAAAGAAAGUUCAAAGGAGAAAAAAGUAACCGUCCGCCAAGAUCUUGAGAGCAGAUAUGCUGAACAUGUGGCUGCCACCCAAGCACAACCCGGGGACACUGGGACAACGGCCUGGAAUGGCCAAGCGUUGCUUCCCGAAACCAGAAAGAGACAGCACUUGUCAGACAAGUUAACCAUCCACGGCCUCCCCGCAGAGGGUUACAGGGCUCUGUACCACUCGGUGGUCGAGCCGAUGCUGUGGAAUCCUUCUGGGACCCCCAAGAGGUACAGCUUGGAGCUGGGCAAGGCCAUCAAACAAAAGCUCUGGGAGGCUCUGUAUAGCCAGGCUGCCAACUCCCAAGGGGCUCAGGACCCACUGCCUGGCCGGAAGCAGCUGGGGGUCCACGAGGAGCCUGUGCCCAAGAAAUGGCCCAAAUUAAAGAGUGAGAAAUAG